CCCCCUCCCGCUGCGAGCCGCAGCCCGCGCCCGCGCGAGCGCCCGCGGCCAUCAGCGGCGCCUGCCCGCCGCCGACUUCCCAUGGAGUCGGUGGAGCGGCUGCUGGGCGAGGCGGUGACCAUGGCCGCCAGCGCGGUCACGGCAGCCUGCCGGCCAGAGGCAGGGCCUGGCGCCGUGCCCCCGAUGCGCCUUUUUGAGGUGGUGGUCGUGGGCCGCGGGCCAGGAGCGGGCUGCUCGCGGGGCGCCAGCUGCUCCUCGUCCACAUCCUCGGGGGACGCCAGUCUCGAGAGCGAGACGGAGGACAGCGACGCAGGCCCUGGCGCGCCGCGGACCCCGGCCGGUGCCCCGGGGCGGCGCGGCGCCGCGGCGUGGAGCGGGCCCGGCACGCCCGCAGAGGAAACCGACGAGGCCGACCCGCUGGCGCUCCUGCGGCUGGCGGAGAAUUCGUCCCGCAUCUCCGGAAGGGCCUUCCGCGACCUGGCGUUCCCGCCGGAGGCGGCGCUGCCUCCCGGUGGCGGCGCGAGCGGCAGCAGGGUCGAGUGCUGGCGCCGCCCGUGGGAGAUCUCGCGCCACGACGGCCAGUGCCUCGAGGACGACGCCGUCUUCGGCCUGGGGCUGUGCGGGGGCCCGCCGGAGCACCAGUGGUGCCUCUUCCAGCCCGCGCCGUGCGCCGAGGACGUGGUGCAGGGUGAGCUGGGCGACUGCUGGUUCCUCUCUGCGCUGGCCGUGCUGGCGGAGGCCCGCGGCGGCUCGCUGGCGCGGGCGCUGCUGCCGGGCCAGGA